UGGCACUGUUUACAAUAUAUUGAGAGCUGACACUUGUGUGACCAUUACUUUUGUAUGCACUUUAAUAUCUAAGUUUCAUUCUAGACGACUUCUGCCUGUCUCAAACACAAAAUGUUUCUUGCAUAUUUUGUUUCCUAAAGUUUGUGAUGCAUUUAUUGCAGAUGUUUUCGUUUUGGGGGGAUAUCAAGAUAAAAUGUCAAACAAAAUGGGGAUCGUGAGGCUGGAACAUAGCAAAACCAAUUUGCUUGAGGUUGACACAUAAUAUGUAGAAAAAUAAAACAUAUUAUGACAUAAUGAUAUCAAGAGAAGUUAAUUAAACCUCAAGUUCAAUAUUAUUGAACUUUUGUUAAAAUAUUUUUGUUAUCAUCCAUUAAAACCAUUAUCUCAAACUCUUUCAAAGUGUUUGGCCUAGUCGAUUGCAUGAAAUAAACAACAGGCAGGACUUUGUUGUUAUAAGCUGUAGGGGUUAUGGGCUGUAGGGGUUUGGGGAGGUUACCAUCUAUACUAUUACAUAAAUAACCUUAACUGGAUAUCCUCUCGGCCGUGUCUGCCAUCACAUCAAUCAGUCCAAAGCAAUACUAUUGUUUCUCUGUCUGACUACAGUUGUCGUUUUGUCUGUCCAUUGUUGUUGCCUAUAACUACAAACGUAAAACGUUAAAUAAGUAAGUGUGAGUGUAUAUGUGCGUAAUGUGUGUGCGUCUGCGUGCGUACGUGCGUGCGUGCGCCCGAUGGGCACGUGCCACAACUGAUGUCCCUGGCAUGAGAGAGAAAAACUAGGCCUAGAAUCACUUAAUUUGUUUAUAAUCAAUUUCAUGUUGAAUAAAGUAAUAUGAACACAGUUCUGCUACUGAUGUUCCAAGCAUGAGAGAGAAAUUGGGUCUAGAAUCUAUGUUUAUAAUUAAUGUUAAGCUGAAUAAAGUAAUAUGAUUGCAGUUGCUGUUGCGUCUUCUUACGGCGGAAUGAGAAAAUACAUUUUGUGAAAUACACUCAGAGACUUGUUUCACAUUCCGAGCCCAGUCAAGCCUGACGCUGCUCAGGAGUGGCCUCCCUUACAUGUAUUGUACCAUUCAGCAGGGACGCUUGGAGAAGGAAGAAGUAUAGUCGACUCGUAAAGAAUGGAAAGUCUUCUUGAAACGUUCAGAAACCUUGACCUAUCACAGAAAAUCCUAUAUGGCGUCGGAUGUGCGGCAGUGACCACUGUGUCCUUCGUCGCUUUGAGGAAACUCACGCAAAAAGAGAAGCGUAAAGAGUAUCCCCGAGAUACGGUGAUCCUUCAUCAGAUCGGUAGAGGUCCUUACGCCCCCAGCAUGACACCGUUUGCUGUGAAGCUGGAAACCUACCUCCGGAUGGCCAGGAUACCCUACCAGAACGUCCAUGGAAUGCAACCUUCACCUAAGGGCAAGGUCCCCUGGAUUGAGUACAAUGGCCAACCUAUUGGGGACACCACGCUGUGUAUAAAUUGCCUCAAUCAGAAGCUUGGGGUGGACCUCAACAAGCGCCUGAGUCCAGCUGACAAGGGUAUAGCGCAAGCGAUGCAGGUCAUGACGGAGGAACAUCUGUACUGGUUGCUUGCCCAAAUCCGCUGGUUGUACAGCAGAGACGCAUCGUUUAUUUUGGAAACGUUUAAAUUCUCCAAGUUCUUUCUAUGGAUGAUACGACGACAUAUCAGAAAACAAACAUGGAGUCAGGGAUUGGGUCGCCACACGGAGGAAGAGGUCGUUGAAAUGAUGUAUAAGGACUUCCAAUCUAUCUCCGACUUUAUAGGGAUGAAGAAGUUCCUGAUGGGGGAUGAUCCCUGUGAAGCGGAUUGCUCUCUGUUCGGUAUGCUGUCUCAGGCAUAUUGGCAGUUUAAUGGAUCUGGAUUUGAGAGUCUCAUAAAAGAUAAAUAUCCCAACCUGGCUGCCUACUGUGAACGUAUGAAGGAAGCAUUCUGGCCCGACUGGGACCAGUGCAUCACACACGGUGGAACAAGGGAGGCAACCAAAUGAAGGGAGAUAACUCAGUGACUGCCCGUCCAUUAGGCCUUAAAACAUGAGAUAUUAUAAUUGUUUGACCGAAUAUGGAGCUGAAUUAUAUUAUGUAUUCAUAUAAUAUGUGUUUGAGUGUAAGAGAAUCAGUGAAUAUAAUUUUACGGCUCUUGCCGCAGAAUUUCAGCAGUGUAUCGACGGGGAACUCCAGGAACGGAAAAUGUUUGAAAGAAUGUGAACUAGUGUAGCCAAGUGGUUACAUCACUUUGUUUUGUUUGAAGACCCGGGUUCGAUUUCGAAUACGAUGCGCGAAUAACGUCGCCGAAAUAAUGCUCAAAACCCCUCUCACAUAGAUAUUUUAUUGUUCAUGAAAUAUUCACUGACCUGUGAGAAGAAGUAUAAUGAAUUCAACUUGUUUUAAUCCAGAGUGACUGUUUACAUCUAACUGAUGUACGUUGUAUUCGGUAAUAUUAAGAACGUAAGUGCUUUAAAUAAUUUUUACUCAUAUUAACUGUUACUAAUAACAUAUAUGCUUCAA